AUGAUUGCCUCCCAGAAACGCACCUCGGCGUGCGAUAAUUGCCGCCGACGGAAAGUCCGGUGCAAUCGUGAGCAGCCUUGCGGGAAAUGCCAAGAGGUGUCUUUGAACUGCCGCUAUACCUCCGUAGCCCGGCGAAAAGGUCCCAAGGGCCGCUCAGCACCUGUGUUAAGCGCGCUGUUGUCAAGCACAUCUUCUCCAUUAGAAUCAACCCUCUCAGCGAAUAGCGCCAAUGAUGCCAAUCUCUUCCCCGCAUCCUUCCUUGAAGACCAGCCGAUACUAUCAUUGCCAGAAUAUCGAGACUUUAACAUUAUCGGCCUCCAUGAGAUUGCAACGCCUGGAGUCCGGCAGAGGAUGUCCACUGUAUUAUUACAGGCUCAUGUCAAGAUUUUCCUGGAGCAUCUGUUCCCGAUCAUGCCAGUACUCGACGCUAAUUCAAUAACGCUUGACUCCCUACAUCCGGAAACAUUAUCACCAAGACGAUAUGCCCUCCUCCUCGCGCUCUGUGCGGCCACUCAUCUGCAAUUGAACCUCGAUGAAUCUGACGGGAGCACAUUCGAGGAGGCCUCGCCGUCUGGUCAAAGCCUAAUCGAUCAAGCCCUACGAGCGCUCCAAGAAUUCGACCCCCUUGACAUGCCUCACAUUGAUUCGGUGCUAACCUCUUUUUUUCUUUUUUCGGCCUACGGAAACCUCGACAAGCAUCACCAUGCAUGGCAUUACCUGAGCCAAAGUAUCUCCUUCGCCCAUCUCCUAAAUCUGCACCAAGAGGAAUCCUACUUGGUUCCAGAUCCAGAAGCAGCCGAGCUGCGAAGAAGGAUCUACUGGCUUCUCUUCAUUACAGAGAGAGCGUACGCCUUACAGCGUAAGAUGCCAAUCACCCUCAGGCAGUCCAUCCAGAAGCCAUCCGUCUUCACGUCCGACUCCCCGGCGCUAGCCUAUGGAUUCGUGAAUUUGAUCUCUGUCUUUGAAGAAAUCCCCGCUAGCCUUUACGACUGGAACAUAUCUGCCGGCUCCAACGGUGACCGCGCGGCGCUUUUCGCUGUUUAUCAUUCCGUUGCCCUUUCGACCCCAUUGUUAUCCGAAUAUAACGAAACGCAGAAAGUGGACUUGAUGGUGACACGACAAUGGCUUCAAAUACGCCUGUGGAAUAUUUUAAAUGAUCAGCUUACCAAGACCUGCGAUGAGGUAUCCGUCGUUCCGUUGGACCUUCCAGCAACGGCGGCAAGAUCUGUGAUGGCCCUUAUGUCAACCGUGUCACGAAAAUCCGCCAACGCCCAUGGAAUAGGCAUUGAGCAAAAACUGUAUGACAUUGGAGAGGCAGUCUGCGUGCUGGCACAUAAAUUACUUCCCAACAAUACUGGCGGCGGCGGAAAACUAUACAUGGACGCACAAAACGUCCUAUGCGGACUCAUUGAUAGACUGUCGGAUAUUCGUGGAUCACAGUCGCACCUCUUGGCUCCCCUUCUCCAACAGUCCCACGAUAUUCUUGGUCUUGGUUCUCUGCCGCCACAACUGGGAUUCCCUUCUCACUUGGCCCCUGAUCUAACUACCAAAGUUAGUUGUUGGGAAAUUGGCCCUGAUGAUGACGGCUCCCUGCAACCUUACACGGAAGCCUGUUGA